AUUGACAGUUAGUAUUCACGAAAUUAUGUCUUGCGAACGUGUAUGAACUGAUUAAAAAUUAUUUCAUUAAUAUUUUAACGUUAUUAAAAUUUAUAAAAAAUACUCUUUUUAUCAAUGCCAAAGUGAAUAACUUCAUAAUGACUGAUAUUUUCAUAAAGUGUAAAUAGUUUUCCUCGGUACUUUUCAAUGAAUAUUUCAAUUUUUCGUUCAUAAUUGGUUGAAAUAUUCUUUUGAUUGAACCGUGUGGAAACAGACCAUCACUAUUCAAAAAUUGUAAAAUGAUGAAUGGCUCAUUUGUCGAAAAUGAAGCUGAUUCAAGUUGUUCAUUUUCUCAAUCAGAUGCAGUUCAUAAUGGGUCGAAUGAAUUUCAUAAAUUUCAUAUUUUGGAUGAAACAGGAGGUAAUGACGAUUCUGAUAAUUCAGCAGAAUUCGACUCCGACAUUCCCGACGAGGAAAUUGAUAAGAUGUUGGAGGAAGCGUUAGAAAACAGAAAAAGAAAAGCUUCAGAAGCUGGAAUAGACAAUGAAGAAAUACCUUUCGAAGAAAAGAAUAAGAUACUAUUAAUUGAAAAGGGGCAAAACCAUUUCGAUGUGCUGCCAGAAGGAUGGAUUCAAGUUAUUCAUAACAGUGGAAUGCCUAUAUACUUACACAAAGCUUCUAGGGUUUGUUGUCUAUCGAGGCCCUAUUUCUUAGGACCUGGAUCAGCUAGGAAACAUCAUAUACCAGUAAAUGCUAUAACUUGUUUGAAUUAUAAAAGAGCUCUAGAAAAAGAAGAAGCAGAGUCGAAAGGAUCACCCGAAGUCAAUAAACAAUGUGGCCAAAAAUUUCCAAAUGCAAAAAUUGAAACUCUCCAAGAAAAUAUUCAAAUGCAAAACCUUUCUCCGGAACAAGUACGCGAAUAUUGUGAAAAAUUAUUUAAAUUUCAAAAUAUGAAAGUAUUAAGAUUCAAAUCUUGGUCAGAACGAAGAAAAUUUACUAAAAAAUUAAAACAAAAAAAUCAGUUGCAACGACCUACUUUACCAGAUGGUACUAAACUCAUAACUUUUCCUAUACAAAAUUCUGAAAAUUCUGAGAACAGUGCUAACACUAAGAAAGAAUGGAUUAUGAACCCGAACGGAAAAUCUUAUGUUUGUAUUCUUCACGAAUAUGUUCAGCAUGCUUUAAAAAAACAACCUACUUACCAAUUCACUGAAUUAGAAAAUGCAGCAACUCCGUAUGCAGCCACAGUUAUCAUUAAAGAUAUGCGAUAUGGGGUUGGAUAUGGGACCAGCAAAAAACAAGCCAAGUCUGAAGCAGCUAAGGCUACUUUGGAAAUAUUAAUUCCGGAAAUGAAAUUUAAGAUUGCUCCAGAUAGUCAAACAGGAGAUUCAACAAAAAAGGAAAAAGAUCAAGAUCUAUCCUUUUUUGAUGAAAUAAGAGUAGAAGAUCCUCGAGUGGCAGAGUUUUGUUCCAAAACGACAGAACCAGCACCUUAUGACAUACUUUUAACUUGUUUUCAAAGAAAUUUCGGCUUGGAUGAUCUACAAAUUAGUUACCAGGGAAAUACUUCUAAAUCCCAGGGAAAUGAAUUCACAAUGACAGUAGGUAAACACACAGCAACUGUGUCCUGUAAGAAUAAAAGAGACGGUAAACAGAGAGCGUCACAGGCGAUACUUCAAGCUUUGCAUCCGAGUAUCACCUCUUGGGGAUCCUUAUUAAGACUUUAUGGAAAUCGUUCUGUGAAAAGUUUCAAAGAAAAAAAGCUCGAAGAACAAGAGAUUACUUGUUUGCAAAGCAAAGCAGCCAUUAAUCAACCCAAUUAUGCGAUUUUGAAUAAAUUGAAGAUGGAAUUAGGUAAAUUACGAGAAAAAAGAAAAGCGAUUAAACCCAUUGGUAUCUUGGAUACCGAAGAAACUUCGGUAGUAUCUCCCUUAUCUACAUCUAAUUUAAAAAACGUCGAUUUAUGAUCUUAAUUAUAAUUUGACAGGAAUUUUUAUUUGAAAAUAAAACAAACACUUCCUAUUUAUCUAUGAAAUUAAAGUGAUUGUAUGGAAGUUAUACCAACAAUAGUAUCUCAAUAAUGCACAUGGAAUUGAUUAACAUAUUCAGAAAACGAUUGCUAAAGUUUUGAUUCUAUAAUUUGCAAACACCUCACCUUACCCUUAUUAAAUUUUAGCUUCCAAACUUCAUCGCUGAUAAAUAAUUGUAUAGACUAGUGAGAAUUAAGAAACAAAGGCAGUGGUGAAUAGCUACAGGUUAAUCACCGUUCUUCAAUUACAAUAUUUGUAAGGUUAAAAAGAAGUUAUUUGGUUAUCAAAAUCUUUUAAGAGGAAAAGAGAGCAAAAACGAGAUAAAAAUUGAACAAAAAUCACAGCUAAGGUCUUGGAAUGUACAAGGAAAUAAUCAACUCCACCAACAUAAUUAUUUCCGCCGACGCCAAGUAUUAGUAUAUCCAAAGAUCAUUCAGGUCUUUGGUCAAUAGCUUAACAUCCUAAUUUGACGUUUAAAUUGGAGUUUUUCCAUUUAUUAUUACAAUAGGCGUCAUAAAAACGGUGAAAAGUAUGACAGGGAAUAGUAUUAAGUUUCUAAGCAUGCUGUAUUUUGUUAAGUUGUGAACUUUUUGAAUCAACGCAAUAACAAAUUUUGUGAAAGAACUACUAACUCGCAAUAUUUGAACAGACAUGCAGAAAGCUCUGCUCGUGAACUGCACUACUAAAAUAUAACUUGUUACGGUUAAUUUUCGACUUAUCACCGAAGAGAUUGAGACAUUUAUCAUAUCUGUGGACAAGCUUUUCAAUAUCCUCUUCAAAGAAAGUUGCCGCUAAUGUGGCCUAACCGUUCGGUGACAAUAGAGUACAAAACAGACCUUGAAACUUCUGGAAAUUUCGUAGACAAACCAGUAAUGGUGAAUCUGCGGUUUUCUUUAACCAUUCUGUCAACUUCUGCCAUCUCAUCAUGUCAACUUCAACUUCUAUCAUCUCUUAUGAAGUUUUCCCCGUACACACGACUUAUUCUCCGAUGGAUUUCUGCAUCAUUAUUGCCUUCAGCCUGUAUAAACGAAUUACACUUGGCGGGAGCGUCAAUAAUGACGGACAUGUUUGCGUAGCUGUAGCACAACGCCGACUGAUGCUUGAAUGUCAACAUUAGCGGAGUGUGUAGAGCGAGAGCUUCGCAGUCGACUGUAGCGCAUGCCCGCGUAGCGUCUGCACGGAGCGAUCGGAUCAGUCGCCCCUUAACAAUAAAGCUACUAUCGAAAGCGUGCAAUGAUACUGUUUACGCCGGUUUAACAUCUUUUAUCAUAGAAGAACUACUAAAAUAACUUUAGCAUAGAAAAUAUAAAGGGAGCAAUUCAAAUCAACAAAGCUGUUAUUACUAACUGUUACAAGUGUAAAGCGCAAAAUUUUCUGAAAAGGAACGAGUAAGAUUACUCACAGUUUAUUGAGUUGUAUAUACAAUAAAUUAAAAAAAAAACUGAAUAUCACUGAUAGAAAGAUCAAGGUCCUACGGGAUAGCCGACCGAGGACUUUUUGCGUGGUGUGAUAGGGAACAAGUUGUCUACUAGGAUAAGACUUGAACAACUGGAACUUUUCAAUGGUGAACGAAAUAUUCAAAACGAGACACGGACUAGGAAAUAUCAAUGGAAAGAAAACUAAACAAAAUGAGCGAUAAUUGAAAUUAUAAAAAGAAGAGAAGAGGCAGAUGGGGAAACUGAAGAAAAAAUAUUUAAAAAAAGCAAAAAUCUCGGAAGGUCGCCGUAACGAAUCUAGGAAAACUAAAACAUACCAUAGUUAAAAUGAUUGAUAUAAUAAAACUUAUAGGAAACAACAUGGAGAAAAUGGCCGAUCAAGAGAACACGAGAAGAAUACAGAGAAGAAAUAAAACAAUUGAAGACAGAAAACAAAAAAAUAAUUGAGGUCAAUAGUACAAUGGAAAAAAACAUUAUAGACAUGGAGAACAGACUGGAGCACUUGAAAUAUCAGGAAAGGAAGAAUAAUGUAGUCGUCCAAAGAGUAAAAAAUUAAAACAGAUAGCUCAGAAGAACUAAGAAUCCGAACAGCAAACUUCCUAGAAAAAGAUCAGCAGGUAAAUAUCGCAGUAAAAAGCUCUAUGAAAUUAGGAGAGAAAACAUGUUUAAGCAGAUUGGUUAAUAAAGACAAAAAAAGUGAUACAUGCUUUGCACCGCAGCAAAAUGUAUUGAUACACUAUUAUCAAUCUUGUUACAUAAUUUUAUUUGAGUUAGAAACAUUGAGGAGCAACAAAAUUGAGUUAGUUUUACCAAAAACCAAGUUAUAUGUCAACUUUGCUAGGGAAUGUAGGGAAUGAACUUUUUCAUUUACAGAAAUUGUUCAAAUACAAUUAUCAAACCACACUAAUCAACAUUUUAUGUAUACUUUUCACGACACGCUGAAUGCUCUCCUUAUGAAUUAAUAUUAGAAACAAAAAAUUUUAGUGCAGAUUGAGAUACGUACUUACAAACCCUGAACUAUUGUAUAGAAAUGUCGUAGUUUCGAAAAACCAAUCAACGUCUUAGUUGUGGGAUUGUGGCUUUUGAAUACUUAUAUGUUCAAAUAUAAUUUCCAAGAUGAAUACUUACAUAUACAUUCGGAGACUGAAAUUAUGUAAGUAAUUUUUGAUAUUGUUAAACUUUAAUACAUAAUUUCAGUGCCCGAUGAUGAAUUCGGAAGCUCGGAAUAUAUAUUAAAAAGAGUAUGCUAUACACUUUGGUGUUGGCCACAAUCUUAUAACUAUAACGUUAUAUAUAACAAAAACCAAACUCUUUAUUAAUUUAAAAAUACAACUUUUGGAAAGUGUUCUUCCCAUCAUCAGGGAAACUACAAUAUAGGAGAAGUAAAUAAAAAUCAAACCAUGUAUAUAACAUGUUCUCUUAACACAGUAAGUCAUAGAUAAAGAUUAAAGAGUUGCGUUUCACAUUGACCGUGAAUGUUGUAAUUAAUAUUAGGUUAAAAAUUCUUGAAUACGUAAAAAGAUUUAAAAUAUGUAAUUGAAAUUGAUUUAAUCAUCAAGUAAUGUACAUAUUAUCACAAAAUACCAAUGAUGCCAAUUAUUAAAACUGAUAAUUCAAGAUAUACAUGUGUAAUAUUUACCGAUAUAUCUCUAUCCCGGGUUGGAAAGCAAAUGACCGGUCCCGAAUGUAUUAGUUGACAAUAGACCAUCUAUUGUGUGAUUUAUGAUAACUAAUUUAAGUUAAUUAUUAGAGUGCGACUGAAUAAGAUAAGGUUAAUGUCAUAGCCGACACUGGGUAACUCACUAGUCGUGUUUGAAGUACAAACCAAGCGAGGGUAUUUUACAACAAUUAUAUGCUAUUCUGCACCAAAGUAUCACCCGAAUACCAUUCAUUA